UAUACAUCGCCAACUCACCUACAAAUUAACGUCCCUGAAUGUCAUAAAAUAUUUUUAUAUACCAUUCAUUCAUUCUCGGCUUGAAGCUAACGCACCAUCUUCCCCACAUGACACUGAAUUUUUUUAGAUCCAUUUUUAAUUGGGAAAUUCAUAAGCUGCAUUAAUUAAUUUGUUCUGUUAACACAGUACAUGUAGUUUACGAUUUUAUAUAUUCAGAAGAAUCGAACUUUAUUUUAUGUUCACAACCACUCCUGCGCUGCCUCCAUUGAUUUGUAUUUUAUAUAUUCAUUGCUUAAAGUUUCUACUCUCAACGAUAUAAACAAAAACAAUAAGGAAAGCAAAAGGUAAUCGGCAUGCAGUAGAUAAGGAGGAUCAAAGAACAGCAAUCCUCUUCAAAUGCAGAAGAAGUGCAAAGCACCAUCAUGGCUGAAGAAGUGAAGCUGUUUGGAGCGUGGGGGAGCCCUUUUAGCCGUAGAGUGGAGAUUGCUUUGGAACUAAAAGGUAGUCCUUUCGAAUACAUAGAAGAGAAUGUGAUUGAUGACAAGUUUAAAAGUCCUUUGCUUCUAAAAUACGAUCCAGUUCACAAGAAAGUUCCUGUGCUCCUGCACAGUGGAAAACCAAUACUGGAGUCUCUAAUUAUUCUGGAAUACAUUGAUGAAACUUGGAAACCAAAUCCCAUUUUGCCUGAAGAUCCUCAUGAAAGAGCCCUGGCUUGUUUCUGGGCCAACUUCAUAGAUGAGAAGUGCAUGCCUCCAGUGUGGAAAGCUCUUUUGGGCACCAGGGAUGAGCGAGAGAAGGCCAUGGAAGAGGUAAGAGAGUGUCUGAAAACACAUGAAAGUGUGCUCAAUGGAACGAAAUUCUUUGGAGGAGAGACAAUUGGACUGCUUGACAUUGCUGCCAACUUCAUCGCCUUGUGGCUUAGGGUCAUUCAAGAAGUUUCAGGACUAGAGUUUCUGACAGCAGACAAAUGCCCAGUGUUGAUCAAAUGGUGUGACGAGUUUGUAAGCUGCAGUGUUGUCAAGGAACACCUGCCUCCUAGAGAUAAACUAAUUGCCUUCGUGAAAAACUGGCUAUCUGGCAAGGGAUGGACAGAUUAAUGCUAUUCCAAAUCAACGAUUUUCCAGAUGAAUUUAUACAAUGCAACGAUUUUCCAUCUAGUUUUUCGCUUUAAUUUUGUGCUGUAACCUCUCCGUUUAUUGUGCAUGUGUGUGUUUGUAUUCAAAAUCAUACUUUUGUCUCUGGGUUUUCCAUGUGAUUAAGAUAUUCGUCUGUAUCUGUCCAGUGUCUCUAAUAUUUGCCUUUAUUUAUCAAUUAUUGAAGACCAAUACAACCGUGUAACUCAGGCCGGUAGAAGAAUUGCAAGGGGGGUCAGUAGUGGGAUUUUGAAGGAAAAAAAAGUUCGCCCUUCCUUCAAAUAGAACAAAUUAAUCAAAUGAGCACACUAUGAA